UUGGCUGUUGGCAAGCGCAGCCUCUACCUGCAAGACUGGACAACGUCAAGUGGCAGCGUUGUCCUCGCCAGCUCUAGCGUUGCAAUGACGCCAGCAAACGCACUCACUUUGAAAGAACACACCACCACAAACAAGAACAAACCUCUCCUCGCCGUCCUGCUCCAAGGUUGCAAAGAACGCUCGUGCUGUGUUUGCCAAACAGCCCAGGAAAGGAAAGCAGCAGCCGAGAGAGUUUGGCGAUCGCAAAAUAGAUGCCCGCACUAGGAAAAUGACGAACGAAACAGACGCAGUGGUGUCACUGCCACUUGCAGCCGGGACAAGCAGUGAUAGAAGAGAAAGAGGGAGUUGUCAACAUUGUCAAUCGCUUGUCAGAGCUGCACUGUUCAUAAUCGCCUUGUGGUGUGUUUGCUGUACAACAUGUGGUGCCGCACCAGUAUACCAGUCAGCUACCGCUUCAGGCGAUUACCUAACUAAUUCCACUGCUGUCAUUCCUAAUGAUAACCGUACUGACGGUGCUACUGUUGCUGAUGUUGAUCAUCUUGCUGGUGAUGGAAGCCAUUUGCCGCUCGAUCGGUUUAAGAUGAUGCGAGUUACUGUGCACCAAGUCCAGUGCCUUGUUCAGUGUGGACACGUCCUGGCUGUGGCAUGUCGGCUGCUUUGCCUGCAAGAACUGAGACAUGAUGAAACAUUGACGUCGCUGUGUCAUCGUACGAAUGUUCUGCCGUCUGUUCGUGAAGUGCAAAGGUAUGUAUGCGCACACAUGACACCCACUCGGGCACCAUCUGGACCAGCCGCGGAAUAUUCUACGACAACUUCUCGCACUCACUCAUCCGGCACCAUAGCCGUCCUGCGGCUACAGCUCAACCAAACGCACAGCGUCCUCUACUGGACAAGCGACCACACACCACCGUAUCAGCGACAGCACCGAGGACAGAGACUCGUGUACGUGGUGUGUUUGGCGAAGACAAGACAAGGUUGCUAUGACCAGACCACGCACAGCCUGGUGAUUGCAUCGCAGGUUGUACUGUCCAACACAGACCUGUCCAACAGGAAUGUGUAUAUAGCUGCAGUGAACGUACCGUCGCGGCUAUCUCCCUUACCGCACUUCACCACCACAUACAUCAUGACACUGAGUCCAGUACGUAACAUUUCUGUUGAGCACACACUAGUGGAGAAUCACGCCGCUGUCAACGUCACCUGGUUACCAACUCGUCAACAAAAUGCUGCCUCAUCAUGGUACGAGGUCACUAUACGACUGUCGCAAGACGCCGCUCCGUCAUGCUCCUUUGCACCUCACACUUGGUUUACCAAUCAGACACAGCUGGUUAUUCGUACGGAUUUACAAGACGGAAAUCUGACACUUGCCUGCCUCUAUGAAGUCAAGAUACGACAAUGGCCAGUGGCCACUGCAGACCAAGCUUCAUUUGCUUCGUCAGUUAGUGUAGCGGAUGAUCAUUUAUUUCAAGAGUUCAUUCUCCCAGGUUGUUCCGACGCAAAUCCACUGUGUCAGCUAUUCUUCCCGGAUGACAUGGCUUUCCCAACACAGUUUUUUACAGCCGUCAAGUUCACCUGUGUAUCACGAUUCAUUCUACAGUAUUCGUUUGUGUUUCCACGACAACCACUCCCGCAGUACAUAGUAUCGUUUAGGAUACGUGUCAUGGCUGGUAUUGCAUCACCGCUGCCGUUCAUGCCGUACAUCUUCAUGCCAAUGACGGAGAGCAUUGUCGAUAUCCGCGACUGGAAGGCUGGACCAGGGCAGACUGUCGAAGGCAGUGUGACAAUUAACAAUCCAUCACUCGCCGGUCUAGACCUAGUGGCCAUGAAAGCUUCUCUACAAGUGUAUAUCCUGGGUGAGAUGGAGGACAUAGACGGCUCUCCAAUCCGUACACCCUACACAAGUACACAGCUGGAAGCUGACCCGUACACACUCAGCGUGGAUAGACAAUCUCCAGCUGCACUGGGUCUAGGUGACUGCACAUCCAGCAGCAGCAGCAGCAGCACACGCCCAUACCAAUACCCACGUCGUAUAAACGUCUUAACUCGCCCCGACACCGCCACCCACAUCAUCCCGUUCCGCAUCCCUGGCAUGAGCACCGCAGAGGCAGGGGAACUCCCUUCAGCCUCGCCAUCCGUUGUUGACAGUACGGUACUGAUCGCAUCCAUAGCGGCAUCUGUCUCCGUUUUCUGUUUUAUCAUCAUCGCCAUCAUCAUCCUAUGCCGUCGUGGCACUCUCAAGACGCCGUAUCUAGAGCGACGCUCGCUAAGUCGCACCAUGCUGAAACGCAACCAUACCUACCUCAAGUCCCCGAACACCAAAAACAAGAAGUUAUUCAGCAACAUGGCCGCUAAGCUAGCAGACUGGGAAGUCGAUAACGGGCACGUUGCCACUGGCGACUUGCUCGGUGAAGGCUCGUUUGGUCGUGUUUCCAUGGGCACGCUGAUGCAGCUACCCGGCUCUACCAGCAAUAGCAGUAGCAACGGCAUCUGUAGAAGUGGCAGUGACAGUGGUAGUAGUAGUCGUAGUAGUGCUGGUGGUGCUGGUGGUGCUGGUGGGUGUACUUCAGUCAUGCCUAUGCAAGUCGCUAUCAAACGAUGUCGAGACAACGCCACUAAAGCCGACAAGUGGUGUUUGCUGGAAGAGGUAGAAGUCAUGAUCAAAGCUAUGGAUGGUCGCGACAGCAGCAGAGACAUCAACAUUGUCGGUCUCGUCGGCUGCAUCACAACGGGUGAACCGUACUCUCUGAUAAUGGAAUAUGUCCCUCAUGGCCGACUGCUGGAUUUGCUGAGAGGCGCAAGGAACAAGAGCAAAGAGUAUGACGACAUACUGCUAGCUAGCCGUGGUCGUGUGUUUGUUGACGUGGAUGAGAGUGGAGCAGUGCGGACUACCGAGGCAGCCAAGUAUGGCCGGCAGAUAGCCCGCGGAAUGGACUAUCUAGCUAGUAAGCAUCUCAUACAUCGCGACCUGGCAGCGCGUAAUAUCCUGGUCGGCGAGGACAAGGUGUUGAAGAUCUCGGACUUUGGCCUGUCUCGCGACGUCGGCAAAGACAACGUGUACAUGUGCAUGACUAGUGGCAAGCUGCCGAUGAAAUGGAUGGCGCUGGAGUCACUGGAGGACAACAUCUUCACCGUCAACACAGACGUAUGGUCGUUUGGUGUGGUCAUGUGGGAGAUUUGCACAUUGGGGGAAUUCCCCUACCCGGCAGUGGAAUGUGCGGAGUUGAGAGAAUACCUUCAGCAAGGACACAGACUGGAGAAGCCACAUAAUACCGAUGAGAGAAUCUACCAACUGAUGCUGAGUUGCUGGAACAGGGCCGCCAAGCAGAGACCGGAGUUUGCAACAUUACAACAGCAACUGGAGCACAUCAUCCGGGCUACCGAGUCGUACUUUGAAUUCGACGGAGAAGGGUCAGCUGGGACCGAGGCAGAAUCCGAUGCAUACGACAUGCCCUCGCAGCUCUAACUGCAUCAUCAGUAUGACAUCAUAGUUCACUAGAUGAUGUCAUUGAGCAUCAGUAUGACAUCAGUUCACUAGAUGAUGUCAUUGAGCAUCAGUAUGACAUCAGUUCACUAGAUGAUGUCAUUGAGCAACGGUCAACCAAGGCAUCACCACAACAAAGAGUUUGUUUAGUCAUCGGUGGUCAAUGUGGCAGUGCACGCUCACCCUAUGACAUCAUUCGCACUGCCUCGGACUCAGAGUGCAUGAUGGCUAUCUGCCAUGAUGAUUACAGCUACCAUCGAUGACGUCAUCAGCAUUGGAAGCAGUGACACUGCACUGCUGCGCCAUGGUGGCUUGGAGUAGUAAUCUUAGCACUCUCUGCUCCUUGACAAUUGACCAACGGUCUAGGACGGCAUUGCACUUGAAGCACGUUCGCCGCGAGUGUUGACCUCAACAAACGCAUAGCACAUGCCAUUGUUUGAUUACACACAAGUGCAGUAUUCAUUUUGACUACACAUUACUACACAUUCACGUCUUCUACACUCGGGACAACGGUGUAAUGCACAGAACACUACAAGCAGGGGAGAAGCAGUACAGCAUGUGAACCAAUCACCCGUGCAUGUGCACAACUGUACAACUGCACAUACAUGUAGUGCGAGGUUGAAACAGCUAGCACUCCCAGAUUGAGAAUGAGUAACUGUAUUGUAUAUUGACCAGCACACAACAACACGUAGGUAUUGAAGUGUUGAGGUGUUGAGGUGUAGCUACUACUAGCUACUGCUUGUACAUGUACCACACGUAUGUACAACGACGUAGUGUGGACUGCAUGUAUGUGCAACGACGUAGUGUGGACGACUGCACACUACCUUGCACAUACAUAGACACCUGUACACCUGUACACUAGAGCUGGAACACGACUAUCACCACUACCAUCACAACUAUCAUGAUCCCCACUAUCAACACUUGAUGCUCAGAAAAGCCGUUGAAGCAGUAAAGUUAGCAGGCAGCAUAGUUUCAGUUUUACAUUUCUAGCAUAUGCUAUAUUUCUCGGUUGAAUGUUUUCUCGUGAGUAUCGUACCUACACAUCAGCGCUAACACCAGCAAAAGAACAUUAGAACAUUUCUCCGACUGGUCUACGCUGUAUUCACCUCUGCUGCACUCCUUGUCAAUGUCGUUGUUGCUGGCACUCAACCCGAUGCCGUUUACCUUGCCGGGCUAUGCUCGGUGUAACGACUAUCACAGAGUUGGUCGGACACACUGGAACUUGACUACUCAAUACAUACCAUACAUGUACAUUGACAUUAGCCUAUCUCUCUGAUCUUUUCUGUCAUAUUACACCGUACAGAAACAUUUCAAGAUGACAGGCACACCAACUUUUGAUUUCCUGUGACACUGAUCUUCAGUUUUCGGGAACUUCUUUACAAAUUCCGAUUGACAUUUAUUUUCCAAUUCAGAUAAGUUGAUAAUUCGCUUCGUUUCUCUCUAGAAAGACGUUGAGACUCCAA